AUGGAGGAGGAGCUGUCUCUGUCUAACGCUCGAUGUCAAACACAGGGUGGAGGCACCAUCUUGCUGCAGUUGCUAGAAUUUAAAUCCCAUCUACUCGAGACUUUCGAGGAGCUGCACAUCCGGAGGGAUGCAGAGGGGCGCUUUGAGGAUCAGAUCAGUAAACUGGUGUUGGAGAAACAGGAGCUGGAGUGGGAGAAGGAGUCCCUGCAACAUAAAAUGGAAAUGUUAUCAAACCAGCACUCCGAGUCACUGAUCAGUGUUAAGAAUCAGCUUCGGGCCAACAUAAGAAACAUCGAGGAGGAAAAGGGGAAGUACCAGGUCAGUGCUGAGUUAAAAGACAAGGAGAUAAACAACCUGAAAGAGGAGCUGAAGUCGCUACAGUUACUGAAAUACAACUUGGAGAAAAGAUCCAAUGAGCUGGGGCAGAAAUUGGCCUUGCAGAGCCGGUCAAAGGAAAGCCACUUGAACCAGCUGGGCGAGGUGGAGAAACGUUUCAGCGCUCUCUCCAGGCAGUGUGCCAUGGUCAAGCAGGCCCACGACAAACUAGAGCAAAACGUGGAGGAGGCCCUGAAAAUGAAAAAGAAGCUGACUGCCGCAAAUGAAAAGCAAGAAGCCACUGUUGCGUCACUGAAGAAGGAGUUGGAGGAGGUCAGUCACGAGCUGAUCAAGGCAAGGAUGACGUCAGUCAGACGGGACGAGGCCCGCGGCGCCACUGGCAGAGAGCAGCACUGUGAGCAGCUGCACCACCAACUGAACCUGGAAACUGAAAUGAACAAAAAGCUCUGUGAGGAAAAUGUGGCCGUGAGAGCAGAAAAGCAGGAAGUGAUGAGCUGUCUGCAGCACACGCAGCAGCUUCUGCUGAGUCAGACACAGACGGUGCGCAGGGUGGAGCAGCAGCUGCACACUCUGACGGAGCAGCACCAGACCCUUAAGCGAGAACAGAGGGCGAUGAGAGAGAGGAGCCAGGCGGCGGAAGACGAGGUGGCUCGACUGAUGGAGAGCGACGGCGCGUCCAAGCACAGCUGGGACAAAGAGAAGGCGGUGUUUCUGGAACGCGUCGAGGGCGAGCAGCAGCAGCAGCAGCAGCUUCGAGCGAUGAAGGAGCCUCACGAGGAGCUUCGUCAGGAACACGCCCAACUGUCCUCGCAGGCCAAAGUGCAAGCUCAGCAUAUAUGUGAAUCGGAGAUGAGAGGCGGCGUUCCUCCACAGGGGAUCAGACGGAAGGGAACUCUUAACGAACCCGUCUCCAACUCUGAGCCGCCGAGCUUUGGCAGUCUGCAGCUCUUGGCCUCCGCUCACACACACAGUCCAGACCGUCUGGAGGACACAAGGGUCGCGACUGAGCGAGAUGCCACUGGAGCAUCUGGAGAGCCAAGCGUUUUAAGCCACGACCACGUGUGUGCAGAUGGGUCCGUAGGCUUGAUGAUCUUAGGACAGAGUGAUGAAUGGAGCGGAGGGAUGGGGGAGAGGGAGCAGAGCUGGAAAGAUUACGCGGGACAGGUAGAAAGCGACAGAUACGAGGGAGAAGGACACCAGGAGCUGCGAUGGAACGGAGAGCGACACAAUGCGAAGGAAGCAGGCAGCAUUGGGGCUCAAACUGCAGACGGAGGAGAGGGGAUCCUCGGGUCACCUCAGGACCCCAUGCGGCCUGAAACAGGAACAACAGGGACAUGCGGGGCGGUGGACGGAGGAAAGACGAGGCGGCAGGCAGCUGAAACCCUGAUAGCGGCCACAGGCCAGAGCGGCGCGCGGCAGGUUCAUGACCUCCCAGCUGACUGCGGGGCGGAGUCCGAAUCCAACCGCCCGGGCGAAGGAUACGGGACACACUCGGCCGCCUGCUGCUCCAAUCAGGGGCCAAACCGCGUCGUCCAAGAGGGCCAGAGCCUUCGGUGUGAUGAGGUCAGCAUCUUUGCCGAGUCGCUUACUCCGGGUCCGAUUCAUCUUGUUGGAGAGAAAACAAAAGCUGAUAUGUCUACCCAACGUCCUGGACCUCCAGAUCAGUUGGACAUCUGCAGCUCACAGAUCAACAGCGGUGUUAGUGUCCCCAGGUCAGGAACAACACAACCUCAACCAGGUGAUCUUUCAGACAUUAGUCAGACUGCUGCUGCUGCAGAACACUACGAACUAAGUGGUCAGCUGACAUCUCCGGGGGCCGUCGACAACGGUGAUAGAGGACCCCUCGAGGACGGGGAAGGUCAGUCAAGCGUAGACGCUCGAGGAAACCAAAACAGCGAGAAGGACGCCUGUGCCGACCGAGUGGUGGACCCCGCCGACCGUGAGACUGGCAGCCGUCCAGAGCAAAUGGCGCCCGACCAAAUGGACGACACAGAAGAUGCGAUGACGGGCAAAGCCGGUGCGGAGCUGUUCGUAUGCCCGCCCCAGCAGAGCCGGGCCGGGGCAGAAAGCUACGAGCCGUCUCCUGCUAAAGAGCACGGUGGUGGAGACCAAUCUCCUCUGCACGGCUCGUCAUCUGACCAGGGCGCCGCCCAGAGAGGAGCAGAGCACUCCUCAGAUGAGGCACUGCAUCCGUUUGUUCAGGGUUCGCAUGCGUCCGAGCGAAGUGGUCCCGGGGGACUCGUCAGACAUCCUCUAUGCACGAUACCUGCGUUCCUCAAAAGCAAGCCCGACAAAGUCCCCUUUGCGGUUACCAGAGCAUCAGAUCUGGUGGGGGGCUCCACCGUCUCUGGGACCGUCGCUUCCUCACCGAGGCGCCUGGGAGAGACAGCGGCAGCAGACCUGGAGAGCAGAGCCUCAGGGUCCGCCGUGUCUUUUCCAGUGAGCAGACUGUCAUGGCAAAGCACCCCAGGGUGUAGCAGAGCUCCGACCUCAGCUGAAAGUCCAGAGUCCGACUGGGAGUCCCGCUGCUCCCAGGAGAGGGAGGACCAACAGUCAUCGUUCAGGGACCAACAGUCAUCGUUCAGAGCCCAGAUCUCCAAAAUCGAGCAGUUCCUCAACACGGAGAGGCUGCGCCUACCCAAAAGAAGGAGAAUUGACAACUAAAGGAUUAGCACUGUUCGCUCUGUUUCUGCUCCGUCCAGUUCCUGUCACAUCCUGUACCACUUAUUUGCUAUUGAGAUGAGAACCUUAGAUGUGAAAAAAUGUACAAGAUACAAGAUCAAUUUUUGGCUUAAAUUAUUUCCUGUUCUCAGUAAUGUUACAAAAGCAUGCGUCCAUUUAAUUUGAAUGCUAAACGUGUCCUUUUAUUCACCGUCAUCGUGCACGUGUUACUGUGCAGUUUUUUUGCACUGGAUUCUUAGUUCUGUUGCUAAAUAUUUUACGUACAUGCCGUUGUGUGUGUGUAUUGAA